UUAAAUUCAAUACUCAAAACGACGCCGUUAGGAAUAUUCAAUUAAAGCCCAAAUAAUCUUUAGAUAGGCCCAGUUUGUAAAACGACGACGUCGAGAGUAGAAGUUUGUGAAGAGUGAUAAAAAAGACUUGAAGACUCGCGAAGACGAAGAAAAGCAAUCGAAGAAAUACGAAGAAGAAGAGAGGGAUUGGUGUUUGUUUGUUGUUCUUUGAUUCGAAAUGGUGAAAUCGACAAGUAAGGAUGCUCAGGAUCUGUUUCGAUCUCUUCGUUCAGCUUAUUCCGCUACUCCGACUAAUCUGAAGAUCAUCGACUUGUAUGUCGUUUUUGCUGUCUUCACCGCUCUGAUUCAGGUGGCUUAUAUGGCUCUGGUGGGAUCAUUUCCGUUUAACUCAUUCCUAUCUGGAGUUCUCUCUUGUAUCGGGACAGCAGUUCUUGCUGUUUGCCUCCGAAUUCAAGUGAACAAAGAAAACAAGGAAUUCAAGGAUUUGGCACCGGAGAGAGCUUUUGCUGAUUUUGUUCUCUGCAACUUAGUCCUCCAUUUGGUGAUCAUCAACUUCCUCGGAUAGAGGUUUCACUCUGCUAUCUACAAGUUGCUUUCAUGUUUACAUGUACUGGAGUUUUUAGGUGUCACUUGGAAUCAAAACUCUAGUUUGAGAUAUUUUUGUUGUUGUCAAAUAAUCAAACUUUUAUUAGUCUCUCUCUCAAUAACACAGUCUCCUGCAGUAAUGGGACCCUUAGUUUUGA